AUGGCCGAUAGGCAUCGCUUUCGUUUUCCGUUCUCUAAGAAGAGGCCGAGGAAACAGCGCAAAGUGUCAAUGAAGUAUGCAUUGAGCAGGAUGUUCCUGAGUAUUCACGGCGGAGGCAAUGUAUAUGUAGAGGCACCUAAUUCGUUUCUUGGACAGGGCGGCUUCGGAAAGGUCACGCAUGCCAUGACGCCUGACAAGAACGUUUCAGUCGCCCUGAAAUCGUCCCUGAAUUCUGACACCAUGAUCUACCUGACUUAUGAGCGCGAAAUGCUGAAGCGAAUUCGACGCCACGGUGGCCACCCGAACGUAAUUGGGCUGCUUGAUGUUGCUAUUGAUAUGGAUCGACCCCACUACGGCCACCAUCUUGUGCUGCAGAAAUGCGACAUGGAUGUCAAGAGCUGGAUGGAAGAAUUGGGGAACCGCGUUACAUCUGAAGUGUGCUCGGAAAUCAGUCGCCAGCUUUACUCAGGUGUCGCGUUCCUACAUCAUAUCGGUAUAAUUCAUCGCGAUCUGAACAGGCGUAACGUGUUAGUUCAUGGCUUCAGCGGUCAUGUUAAGAUCGUGGACUUCGGUGCCGCCAUCCGCUGCCCCCCUGUGAGGUGCCGUGGAGAAGAUGGUUCAGGAUUGUUGAAACGCGGAGAUCUGUGGUCGGUGACUCGGGCUUGCGUCCUACCGGUGUGGAUGGCGGGGAGUGUGGAAUAUCUUACCACACUGGCCCAAGGCGUUCUGCACUUCAGAAAUCAAGCCACAGAAUCUGAAUUAUUGAGCGACGCAGAUCAUAUCAUUGCGUUUCGCCCAAAAUACGUCUGCAGCACCAGGCUCAAGAGAGGCGACGCAACUGUGUCUAGUAGCUGGAACGAUGAUAUAUGCGAGAGGCCAGGUCGGCGAGAACAGAUAAUCGAGUUGCAUUCCUGGACUCUAACCCAUCCGCCAGAAGGUGGGCAUCCAAUACCGGAAGCACUACACUCUGCACUGCGCUAUGGGUGCAUGUUGGGAUCGGCGGAACAGCUAACCGCCAGGAAUGUCUCCACACAUUUCAAUGAUGCUAUACCGAAGGCUCAGCAAGUAGCUGCACGCCGCCUGAUUCGAGAUUUGACCGUUGACUUGAAAUCCACAACAGUCUGA